AUGAAGUUUGUUGCCUUAUUUUCAGGUGGGAAGGAUUCCUGCUAUAAUAUUUUGCAUUGUAUAAAAAAUGGUCAUCAACUAGUUGCAUUGGCCAAUCUACAUCCAAAAGAUGAAAAUCAACAGGAGUUAGAUAGUUUUAUGUUUCAGACAGUUGGACAUGAUAUUGUUUCAUACUAUGGUGACUGUAUUGGGUUGCCUCUGUUUAGACAAGCUAUCAAUGCGAAUAGUUCUCGGAAUGUUGCAUUGAAUUAUUCACAAACUGACGGUGAUGAGGUGGAGGAUUUGUAUGUUCUUUUGCAGCGUGUUAAAGAUGAGAUUCCUGAAGUUGAGGCAGUUAGUGUGGGUGCUAUUUUGUCUUCAUACCAGCGUACUAGAGUUGAAGAUGUCUGUUUUAGGUCAGGGUUAGUUGUCCUCAGUUUUCUAUGGCAACGGAAUGAACUUGAGUUAAUGACUGAAAUGUGUUCAAUGUCAAUUCAGGGUGGUGAUGAAGCAGAAAGUAGUGAUGGGUUGCCUAAAAUGGAUGCCAGACUGAUUAAAGUUGCUGCUAUAGGUUUGGACCAGAAGCAUCUAGGGAAAUCUUUACCUGAAGUUUUCCCUACUUUACUGGAUUUAAAUUCCAAAUAUGAAGUCCACAUCUGCGGUGAAGGUGGUGAGUUUGAAUCCAUGGUGUUAGACGCACCAUUUUUUGAACGCGGUAAAUUAGAAAUGAUAUCUUUAGAAUAUAUGCCUCAUCAAAAUGAUGGUGUGUACAAUGCGAAGUUAACCGUUAAGUUUGUUCCUCGUAAUUUAAAGACGCCUGUAAUUGACCAAUUACAGGAGUUGCCUGUACCCUCUCUUGAAAAUGAAUGGGUCGAGAUAUACAAGACCAUGAUGAAUGGGGAUCUAGAGGAGGUUCAAGAACCUUGUUUAGAUUAUUCGGAGCAUCACGUUGUUUCAGGAGAAAAUAUUGUCAAUAACAUGUUGUAUAUUAAUAAUUUGAGACCAAGAGUUGAGGGUAGCUUGAUAGAUCAGGCGUCUGAUGUAUUCAACCAACUGGACGAAAUUUUAAAAAGGCGUGGAGUUUUUAGGUCUCAGAUAUUAUCAUCUUCACUACUACUUUCUGACAUGAGAAAUUUCUCUGAAAUCAAUGGGAUAUACAGUUCAUUCUUUGAUAUCUCUAAAGUGGGGCCACUACCACCAUCUAGAGCUUGUAUUGAAUCAAGUUUACUUCCAAGUAAUAUAUGCUUACAGCUAUCUGUGAUACUAGAUACCCAAACUUCAGUUGUACAGAGGGGUAAGGUUUCGGCUAACGAUGAUAAGGACGGUUUACAUGUGCAAAGCAGGUCCUAUUGGUGUCCCUGUAACAUUGGCCCAUAUUCUCAGGUAACAUGGGCCAAGAAUGACAAAAAUAAGGUAGUUUAUACAAGUGGACAAAUUGCUUUAUUACCAAGCUCAAUGGAUCUAUGUGUUACGCUGCUUAACGAACCUAAAAAUGAUUUAAAUGUUGGUAUUUCUCAAGCCGUUCUCUCACUACGCCAUUUUCACACCUUAAAAAAUACUGUAGGCGCUCAGAAUCAAUUAUCCAUGAUUUGUUACAUUUCAGAUGCGUAUAUGGCUCCUAUAGUGUCUGAAGCAUGGACACUCUAUUGUUCUGAUAUGUCCAUUGAUAGCCAAAAUACGUUAAUAACAGUACUCGUCUCCCACCUACCUAAGGACGCUCUUUGUGAAUGGGGAGGGAUCGCUUAUAAUGAGAAAUAUGUCGUUGAUGAAGACACAGACUUUGAUGGCUCGUUUAAAAGUCGAACUCGUGACAUUGAAUCGCUGGUUUCCCAGUCCGUUGUUGGAUCAAAUAACUAUAAUAGUAUUUUUAUUGAAAAUAACGAGCUUAUAAGAAAAUUUACCACCUUAUUCAUUGAUAAUGACGAGGAUGUAGUUAAUAUCAUUAAGAAACUUACAAAUUGUCAAAUAGCGUUAUACUACAGUCCAAUUAGAAGCGUAACACUACCUAUGGAAUCGCAUGUAGAAUAUGUCCCCGUAAAUGGAGUAUAUGAUGAGUCUGGAGAUCUGAAAAAGUAUGCUCUAAGUAUUAAACAUUAA